UACCUGAAUAGAUAAGAUAAGAAAAAAAAAAAGGUUUUACUUGAAAUAUAUUAUAAAAUAUACAAUAAAUCUAUGUUUUAGUUUGAUUAAUUUUAUUUUUAUUGAUUAGAAAUGAUGGAAAUGAAGUUGGUACUAGUGUUUAUCAUCGUAUAAAUGAUCAACUUGAAACAGGUGUGCAAUUAGCAUGGACAGCAGGUACAAAUCAAACACGAUUUGCACUUGCAUCAAAAUAUCAACUUGAUUCUCAAACUGCAAUUGGUGCUAAGGUGAAUAAUAUUUGUCAAGUUGGUCUUUCAUUUCAACAACUUCUUCGUCCAGGCUUUAAAUUAAUUUUAUCGGCUUUAUUUGAAGCACGAAAUUUGAAUGCUGGUGGACAUAAAGUUGGUUUGGGACUUGAACUUGAAAGUUAA